GGCCUGCUCAUGAAGAAUUCCCCGGCUGGACACCAUCUAUGAACACUACCCGGUGGAUUGUCCUAAAUACCCAGACAGACUUAGUGUGCCGACACGGCGUGUCUCCAAGAUGCAAGGACUCUCUGACUCACGGGAAGCCAUGCACAUUUAUUGUUUGGAAUGCAGGAUUACAUGUAUGAUGUAUGCAUACUACAAGGCUCGUGCCUUGGAUACUUUCAUCCCUUGACAACCUUGGCAGUGGGACGCCCCAAUUCGCGGUUUACAUUGUCAUUUCAAUCUUUCGAAUAAACAACACACUUCUACCGCGGCGAUUAUACCUCUAAGAUGCAUCGCGAGGAACAAGAAUCCUACCUACUCGGUGAUGGUACCUCGACUUCAUCGGUAGCUAGCGAUGAUGAACACGAAAAGCCCGGUUCCAGAAAAACAAAUGCCUUGUCUAUCUAUGUGACGUUUCUUGGCGUCUUCCUGGCGAGUAUCGAUGAAACUAUUGCCGUAUCCACGUAUAGUGCGAUUGCCUCCCAAUUCCACUUGAUGACGGAAAGCUCGUGGUUGUUAGUCGCAUACAAUUUUGGAUAUUGCAUUUCGCUACCCGUGUACGGCCGUUUGAGUGACGCAUAUGGGUGCAAGAGAGUGAUCAUUAGCGCGUACGGCUUAUUUGCGUUGGGAUGCUUAGCAUGCGGUUUCAGUACAUCCCUGUUUCAGUUGAUUAUGGCAAGAGCCCUGUCUGGGCUCAGUGGAGCGGGGAUGAUCAUUUUGACCGCCAUCAUUCUUAGCGAUAUCGUGCCACCCGAGGAACUGGCAUUGCUUAGAGCCUACGAAAAUACAGUGUAUACCAUGGGACGCAGUCUGGGUGCCCCCUUAGGCGGGCUUCUGGUAGACGUUAUUAACUGGAGGUGGCUCUUUCUCGGCCAGGUGCCGUUAGUCCUAAUGUGUCUCCUUUUCGCGGUCAACCGAUUGCCAUCGUUCAAACCCAAAUACCCAGAAAACCACCAACCACGUUCUGGCUUCUGGAGCUUCGACUUUGCGGGCCUCUUUAGCUUCGCGGCUGCAAUACUGUCACUAUUAUUUCUCCUCCAGGAUGCCGGUGCACCCGCGAAAAACUCCUCCGGAUGGUCACACGUUCCGGCACUUGCAUUUAUAACAUUCGGCGUGGGCUUCCUUCUUAUCGAGGUUUUUUGGGCGUCGAACCCAAUCAUUCCUAUGGACUUGAUGUUGAAGUCCCUAGGGGCAUAUUGCCUGGUACAGGUUAUGAUUCUCAUUGGGCGCUAUUCGCUCAACAGCAGCAUCAUCCCCUACUUUGUCCGAGUCGAAGAUAGCUCGGACUUCUACGGUUCUAUGAUCUAUCUUAUAUCGUCUCUAGGUAUCUCCGUCGGAAGUAUCAUCGGCGGUAAUGUCAUCAAGCGCACCCAUCGCUACAAGACCAUGACAGUCGCUACGGUGAUCGGCUCCGUGAUUUUCUAUCUCGGUGUCUUCAUUCUGUGGCGCGAUGGUUGCCCCCUCUGGGAAACUUCCAUCAUGUUCCCCAUUGGAGUUUCAAUGGGUAUCUUGUUCUCGUCUCAGUUCAUCAGCAUGACAUGCAGCUCGCCAAAGUCGCGCCUACCGGUCUGCAUCGGUACGUAUUUUGUCUCGCAGCAGCUGGGGAUUCUCUUGGGUCCGGCUAUCGGUCUGGCACUCGAGCAGGCUUUGUUUGGGGCGAGUCUAGGAAGGGACUUGCCCAACAGUGGAGAUAAAGCAGCGCUCAUCUUGAGUAUCUUGGACGACGUCAAGUACGCUCGGUCUCUUCCCCCGGCACUUCAAGAGAUAAUUCGCUCUAGCUAUCUAUUUGGCUUUCAAUUCGUUCCUCUGCUCUCGGCGACAUGCAGCAUUGUUGUCCUGGUUGUUGUUUUGCUUUUGAGGGAAGGAAAGAUUACUUAAAUAUCUGUUUUGAUUGCAUGUGUUCU